AUGCCCGGACCUACACCGAAUCCGAAACUCGGGAAAAGAAAAAGCAUGAACGGCAAGGAGAAAGCAAAAAGACGGCCCAAGAAACCAAAGGCUGACCUGUCAGCUAUACAGUUCCCGAGCGAACUCCCUGAGCCGAUGAAGUCGAUAGUGAUUGGGAUGAACGGGACUGAUGUAAGGGAGGUCGGGAGAAAGUCAUUGACGUUCACCGAUCUCUCCACGAAUCAUAACCGUUUGACGAUUCCGACGGGAUCUGCACCCGAUUUCCUGACGCCGGAAGAGAAGGACGUUUUGGAGGCGCAUAGUAAAAUAAAACGGCCGCAAAAAAGGCCCAAAAACAUCGUCCUUGUGAUCGAUCCGUUGGGGAAUGUUUACGACUCGAACUUCAGGAAGUGGACGAUGGGUAGCGAUUCGUACGCGUGGACGACAUGUUGGAACGGAUUGGUGGCCGCUAAUGGAUUGAAAGAAGAAGACGUGAUACAGGUUUGGACGUUUAGGAACGGAUCGGGCGAGCGUUGUUUCGUUAUCGUCGUGGUGACUAGAAAGGAGGGGGAUCCCUCUCCCUCGGAGAGCCAAAACUGCGAGGCGUCUUCGUCUGGUAUCAAGGACGGCGAAGCGUCUACCUCGGGAGUCACGAACAGCGAGGCGCCUUCGUCCAAUGAGAGCGAAGGAAUCAUUAUCGAUGAAGAGAAGCAUAAAGACGAUGAAACCAUGGCAGCUGCUGAAGAAACAUCCGAGACCACAACCCAACCCAUGGGCACUGAUAAGUAG